CUUCGUCUUUGUUGGAUGUUUCCACCACGACACUGUCGCGGUCACAAUGCAGUUCACUCAAUUCCUUUUAGUCGCAUUCUGCUUGUAUGGUCAAGUUUUCUCUCAAUUCGUAGCAAGCAAGUUCUACGACACAUCCAGCGGAAUAACCUAUGCCUCCAUCACCAUCACCGGCGUCGCAUACCGUGUUGCCCUUCCACCGCUCAAUUCACCAAAUCCCGAUGCGAUCAUACAGAUUGUCUCACCGACCAAGAAUGGCUGGUGUGGAUUUUCCUGGGGCGGUCGGAUGCUGAGAUCCCCAUUAUCAAUCGCAUGGGCUACCAAACAGACAUCUGGUCAGCAAGCCAUUAUCGGCAAUUGGAUGGCAACAGCAUAUGCUCGGCCGUCGCCAUACUCCGGCGCUUCACACACCCCCAUAGCGAUUUCGCCGUCUAAGACAAAUGGUACGCAUUGGACGGCAACAGCGCGAUGCAUAGGCUGCACGAAGUGGGAUACCACCGAUCUUACUACAAAGAGUGGCGAGACGCGGUUUGCAUAUGCGUGCUCGACUACGGCUCCAACUAAUCCAUCGAGCAAUACAUCAAGCUUCAGCGUUCAUGAUUCUCCCGGGUCAUGGUUGCACGAUUUGAAUAUUGCGCGCAACUCGAGCUUCUCGAAUUGGAUUGCUUAGGUCCUAGAGGUGGAGAAUUGUGGUGGGAAGUGCGCAUCGCAACGGGCCCCUGAGAUUUGGUCGUGCGUGCCCGAAGAUGACAAGCUCGGCCGGAAGACACGACGAUCAUUGUAGAGCCUGCGGAGAACUUUUAUAUACCAUAAAAUGCAUGCUUGCUGUAUUGUCGGGUCUCUAGGAAUUAUUAUCGGUUAUCG